AGCAUGUAGUUUAGUGGCGUACACAGAGAGCAAAACGGUCGUGCUUUUUCGAGUCUCUCGGUUUAUCUACGUUUCAUUUGUCAAAGGUUUGAAUAAGCAACGUUGUUUCCAUCGGUGGACAUGUCAGUGGAAGGUGAAUUUUUUCUGUCUGUCACGGGCUCCAUCGAGCACGCUGAAUUCUAUGAUGUCAACAAUGCGUACUGCAAGUACGGCUUUCAUUUUGGGCCGGAAUGGAGCGUGGUCGCGGGAAUUGAGGAGGGUUUGACACAAAUGUGCAAGUGCAGCAAUGAUCCGAGGAAUAUCGCCGUUUGGAAUUUUCCCCUGGAUAUUACGUUCAAAAGCACUAAUCCACACGGAUGGCCGCAGCUUAUCAUGUCAAUCUACGGAUUGGACUUUUUCGGCCAUGAUGUCAUCAGGGGAUAUGGAGUGUGUCAUUUGCCGCUGGAAACGGGACAUCACGAGAAAAGGGUGUCAGUUUACGUACCGGAAUCGUCGUCUACUCUGCAGCAUCUCGUGGCGUGGUUAACCGGCAGAAGACCUGAAUUAAUUGAUCCCGCUAUAUUGGCAUCCGGUGGUGGCAGAGAACUUACACGUAUGAGGGUCGAGGGAGUCGUCACCGUAACAUUCAACGUCGUUUUGAAGGACUUUUUCAAGUUGGGCUACGAUAAUGGCGAGAAACGAAAGGCGCGAUAACGCAGGCGUAAUCCCUCUCAGCUUGCGGAACAUUAUCUGGCUGAAGGAUCAUCCAAACAAAGGAUUUGCGUU